UGAGGUGGUGUACUGGUGUUGCAUAGCAAGUCGGGGGAUAUUUUCGUUUUUUUUGUAACCAAACAAACAAACCGAAAAGAGUAGAAAUAUUGUAUUCUGCACUUCUGGGUAAUCAUUAAAAUUUGAAAUUGUUUGGUGUUCACUUUUAACUGAGUUGUAAGUGACAACAGCGGCAAAUAAUAACAUUUUAUUGCAAAUUAAUUCCGAAUAAUUUCCAAGUUGUACUUAGUUGGUAAAAAUUAGCACCAAAAAUACUCAAUUAGAAAUUUUGAUUUUCAUACAUAAUAUUGAAUACAGUUUUGUUAUAUCAAAUAUCGGCGUUUUAAAUGUGUACUCUUGUGUUAAUAUUGUAAAAUGUAAUAUACAAUUUUGUUAUAUAGGAGGUUUAUAUUUUACAAAUCUCAACAUGGGUGUUACAAUUAUACAACAGUUCCCGAUGAAAGAAAAUCGUACAGGUGCUCAGAUAAUUGAAUUUCUUACCAAAAGAGUGAAUGCACUUGGUGCCAAACAAUGUGGAACAUUUCUUGUGGACUGUGAGACAUACGCAUCUAUACCUCAAUUAGGUGUUCAACGAACAUUACAUGUAUUUCAUAAUUCGGAACAGCCAGCAUCAGUGUUUGCAAUCCUUGAUAAUGGUACUGGAAAAACUGUGCCUGUUGUAGCAGAUGCAUUAUUUGAUUUGCUUUUGUUAAAAAUGUCAUCUGUAUAUACUUCUAAAAAAUCAAAAGUUGAGAUUAGAGGUCCAAGAUUUGAGCUAAACGAUUUUGUUAUUAAAAUCGGUGCUAUAAAUAUUAAUCACAAUGUUAAAGGCAUAAUUGUAGAGGCAGAAUAUAGGCCAUGUGUUGUAUUUGGCUUAUGUUGGGAUAUGUUACGAGAAUUUCUUCAAGGAUUUUUAGGAUCUUGCGUAUCAAAUAUCCCGCCACAUUAUUUUCAAAAUCGUAUGAAUGAUAUUUUUCAACCACUGGACACCAUUCAACAGUACUUAGAUCAUAUAACUAUUUAUAGAAAAGCCACUGGAAUUUUACAACAGUAUAAUACUAAUAAUCCUUAAAUGUAUUGUAUAAUAUAUACACGCUAGUGGAAUAAUCUUUUUUUUUGUUCACAAAAGCCAAAAUGUUUUAA